AAAUCAACAAUCACGGCCAUCGAAAAAUUGCACUGCCUUUUGCCUUUUGCACUCACCAAUUUUCGAGAUAAAAGUUUGAUGUUUAACACAUCAAUGAGUUGGUCACUAGUCAAACCAUAAAACGGGCCAUUUCGAGGUUUGAGAAGGCGCGAUUCUCUAUAUUAAAUUUCAACCUCAAAACCAAAGAUGUCCAAUGCUGGUCUCCUGGUCGUCACUAAUCCAGCAAAACUGGGCCACAUGCUGCAAAUCGUGCAGAGUAGAGUGCAUAAAGCUCUGUACAUUCAACUGGAGUCGAUGGAAUCGCGAGGAAUCGCCUGCGUCAGCCGUCUAGUGUCUGGAGUUUAUUCGCAGGCCUCGGCCUUGUGCCACAAAUUAGACGUCCGACUUUUGAUAAAACCUCUAAAUCAAGACGUAGAUAUUGUUUUCUAUGAUGGACAAAAUUCAAGCCUAGAAAGUUUUCGUUGCUCUAAAGAAAAGCUGGAGUUGAGUUUGGACGAUCACCCACUGAGUGCAAAAUUUUUGAAACUAGCAAAUGAGGCCACUUCGCUGGAAACGGACAAGCAGUUUGCCCACGUUGUCUUGGGUGGCACUUUUGACAGGCUGCACAUUGGGCACAAAGAACUGCUUUCCCAAGCCAUAAUUCGAUGCAAGAGAAAACUGACUGUUGGAGUCACAGAUGCAAACAUGCUCUCUUCCAAGAUUUUGAAUGAAUUGAUCGAACCCUGUGAUGUCCGAAUUGAAAAGGUGAAGGAAUUCUUGAUGGACGUUGACAACACACUCGAAUAUGCUGUCGUGCCAAUUAGUGAUCCAUUCGGUCCAACCAAAGACGAUCCGACCAUGGAUCUAAUUGUUGUGAGUGACGAAACCUUGAAGGGUGGAUUAAAAGUGAAUGAAGUGAGGGCAGGAAAAGGACUUGCUCCUCUUCAACUCCAUUGUGUUCAGCUGGUGGAGGACCUUGUUCCGUCGCACUUACGAGACUUGGACACCGAGGAUUGGAAAAUCAGUUCCAGUUCUGCAAGAAUGCGCUUGCUAGGCACACUAUUAAAAAAACCAGAUCCUCGUCCAAAUAUUCCAUCGUCCCCCCAUCUAAUAGGCCUGACUGGUGGCAUAGCAAGCGGCAAGUCAAAAAUUGGAGAGAGGUUGGAGAAGAAAGGCUGUGGAGUGAUCAACUGUGACUUGAUCGGACACCAGGUUUAUGAGCCUGGAACCAAAGGAUUGCAAAUCCUUGUUGACGAAUUCGGAAAGGAUAUUUUGGAUGACGAGGGUAAAGUCAACAGACGAGCAUUAGGAAAAAUUGUUUUUGGCAGCAAGGAACGGCUUGAAAAGCUGAACUCGAUUGUUUGGCCUCUGAUGCUGGAAAUAGUUCAGCAGAAGAUCAAGGAAUUUAAACGUAUGGGAUGCCAAGUUGUUGUUCUGGAGGCAGCAGUUUUGGCCAGAGCUGGCUGGCAUUUAAAAUGCCACGAAGUUUGGUCUGUGAUUGUCCCGCAGGCAGAGGCAAUUAAGCGAUUGCAAGAGAGAGACAAUUUGAGUGAGGAAGAUAGCAAAGCUAGGUGUGCGGCUCAGCCCCCCAACAGCGAUCAUGUGCGACUGGCCAACAUUGUGUUCAGUCCGAGCUGGAGCCCGGAGCACACAGACAAGCAAGUCGAACGCGCCUGGGCACAACUGCAGAGCAGGUUGUCCUCGUCAAGUCGCUUGUAAAGUGUAUUUGCUGCCAGUUGACGAAAUUUUCAAGCAUUGUGUGAUAUCACUUGAGAACGGCACGUUUAAAGUUUCUUUUUACAAUUUGUGACGUCAAUUUAGCAUUAGAUUUUAGAGCAAAGGUUAAACAUUUUAUAUUUUUAUGGGUGCGUUGAAAAUUGAAUAAAACAUAUUACUGUUAAAAAA